AUGGCUGAAGGUUCCUCAGAGCCACCAGACUUCAAUCCAGAGGGUGCCUCACAUCAUAAGAAGCCAAAUGACUUCAAAUCACGCGGUCAUUUCAGAUAUAGCAGCGAUCGUCGUCCACCUCAACAAUACCGCCACGCUCAUCAAAGCUUCCCACCUCCCCAUUAUGACCCUCAACUUGAGCAGGGCGAGUUGGGCGGCAGGAGGCGAGGCCGAGGCCGGCGGGACGGAUUCCGAGGCGCAACUGAGAAUUUUUACGCCCCGCGGUGGCAAAGAAGUUACGCUUCUGACCGAGCGGACGACGGACCCGAUUUAGCAAACUGGAGGAGGGACGACGGCGGCAGGAGUUUGGAGCAGAGGAAGUUUAGGAAUGACAUUCAAAGAGAAGGUGAUUACCCUCAUUUAAGGGAGAAGAAUGCUGUCGUACGGCCUUACGAUGACAACGGAGAAGACCAAGGAAGGACGCAUCGGACAAGGAGGACCAGUCCGGACCACCAGAGAUCUCAUCAGAAGAAACACCCUGAACCGAAGCGACGAGGGCCCAUAAAACCCCUCAAAGCAUCACCACAGGAGCAACGAGACUCUGAUAGAGGGGCUAGUUUCCAUGACAACAACAACAGACGACACCCAGGCGACUAUCACAGGGGACCAAGGAGACAGCAGAACCAGCGGAGAAACCUGAACAUGACGGAAAGCAAUGAGACCCAAACAGGAUGCCUGAUCGAGCAGCUGUCGUCAGAGAAGUACGAGUGCAUGGUGUGCUGUGACAUCAUCCGUCUAAUGGCCCCUGUGUGGAGUUGCCAGAGCUGCUUCCACGUCUUCCACCUCAACUGCAUCAAGAAAUGGGCACGCUCGCCCGCUUCCCAGGCCGACGAUUCAGCUGAAGGUUGGCGUUGCCCUGCCUGUCAGAACGUUUCUCUCAAACACCCGACUGCCUACACCUGCUUUUGUGGCAAGGUAACCAAUCCCGAGUGGCAGCGCAGCGAGAUCCCCCACAGCUGCGGCGACAUGUGCGGGAAGAAGAGAAGCGGCGUGGACUGCAACCACCCUUGUAACAUUUUAUGCCAUCCGGGACCAUGCCCACAGUGUCCCGCCUUUGUGACAAAAUCUUGCGUCUGCGGAAGAACAAGUCAACCAAUGCGUUGUAGCCAGGCGUCGCCGCUGCACUGCGACAAGGCGUGCGGCGCUACGCUCAACUGUGGCCAGCAUGUGUGCGUUCAGGUGUGCCAUGGUGGAUCGUGUCAACCGUGCCAGCUGCAAGUCAAGCAAACCUGCUACUGUGGCGUCUCCACUCGCGAGGUCCCCUGUGGCACGGAUACCGACGGAUUCAACGGUUCGGGGAAUUUCUCUUGCCAGAACACUUGCGGAAAGAUGUUAAACUGCGAAGCCCACCAGUGCCAGCAGCCGUGCCACCGCGACCCGUGCCUGUCUUGCCCUCGCUCGCCUAACACGGUCAAGACUUGUCCUUGCGGACAGACGCCGCUAGCCAAGCUCCUAGAGUUGGGUUGCUUGGAACGAAAAAGCUGUUCUGACCCAAUUCCCUCAUGUGGGAAGACGUGUAGCAUGCCUCUGCCAUGUGGGUCUAACGAUACGAUCCACCAGUGCGACAAGCUAUGCCAUGAAGGCCCGUGUGGGCCUUGUUCGCUAACUUCCAUCGUUAGAUGCAGAUGCGGUUCCAAAACUAAGGAGGUGCUGUGUACUGCCAUCCAAAAAGAAGAAGAACUCGUGUUCACCUGUGAGAAACGAUGUAACAAAAAGCGCUCCUGUGGUCGACACAAAUGCGGCGAGCUUUGCUGCGUGAAUUCCGACCACAAAUGCCAACUUAUCUGCGGCUACAAACUCAAUUGUGGCUUGCACCGCUGCCAGGAGCCUUGUCACCGUGGCAACUGUGAGCCCUGCUGGCAGUCCAGUUUUGACGAGCUCACGUGUCACUGCGGCGUCUCAGUGUUGUACCCGCCUAUCCCGUGUGGCACGAACCCACCAGAGUGCAAAAAUAUGUGUACUAGAAGACACGAGUGCGAGCAUCCUGUGUUUCACAACUGCCACAGUGAGGAAAAAUGCCCGCCUUGCACGUACCUGACCGAAAAAUGGUGCAUGGGAAAGCAUGAGCAACGUAGCAACAUCCCGUGUCACCUCCAAGACAUUUCCUGCGGGCUAAAGUGCGACAAAACGCUAGCGUGCCAGAUGCACCGAUGCAAGCGAAUCUGCCACCGCGGCGACUGCUCGCCAGCGGACGGCGGGUGCAGCCAGCCGUGCGCGCGGCCACGCCCCGACUGCGGACACGCCUGCGCCGCCCCGUGCCACAUGGGCGCUGACUGUCCUCGCACGACCUGUCCUGCUAAGGUGGCGCUGCAGUGCGAUUGUGGUCGAAGGAAAGAAGUGGUAGCCUGCGCUGAGGCUGCCAGUUCUUAUCAGAGGUAUGCUGCCAUCGCCAUGGCUAGCAAGCUGUCCGACAUGCAACCCGGCGACUCUAUGGAUAUCGGCCCGUUGCUCGCCAAGAAGGAGCUCAAACAGAGCAGGCUGGAAUGUGACGAGGAAUGCGCCACUUUGGAGAGAAACAAGCGCCUGGCCGAUGCUUUGCAGAUUGACCCCUCCUCGGACCCUUUCAAUGUGCGCUCUACUUCCGUUUACAGCAAUAGCCUCAAAGACGACGCUAGAAAAGACUUGAAGUUUGUCUCAGGUGUCGAAGAGGCUAUUAAGAAUCUGGUGGAGCUUGUUGCUAAGGGCAAACAACCAAAAAGAACUCACUUCUUCCAACCAAUGAACAGAGAGCGCCGCAGAAUCGUCCACGAGCUCGCCGAAGUCUACGCCGUGGAAAGCGUUAGCUACGACAGCGAGCCCAAUCGCAACGUGGUCGUCACCGCGCACAAAGGGAAGUCACUGUGUCCAAAAUGGACGCUCACCUCGUUGAUCGAACGGGAAACUGCCGCUAGGGCCCCCGUGCCCAUCGCUCACAUCAAACUGCCGAGCAGCAGGGCUUCAAGCACCACCACCUGGUCCAAACUGGUCAAAGAAGAACCGGUCAUCGAUUACUUUGACGUCCAGGACUGA